UUAGGUAGAUAGUAGCUGCGGUUAUUUUUGCUUUGAGCUGUUUACAAACCAAUUUCACAUAUUCGAUAGCAAACCAUAUAUGACAUGUGUAAAUUUAGUGCCAACACCGUCGUCGUUAUCUAUCAAUUAUUUAGCACUAAACGUCAUAAUAAGCGACAUAUAUUUUUUAAGUGGUAAAAGAAUUAUGUUUUCGUGUCAUAAAACAGUAUAAACAGCCAGAAUUAUAACUGCGAUAGCAAGGUAGAAAGAUGAGGAUCAGAAGAUUAUCAGCUGUGUUUUGGACAACAUGCAUAAUUGCGUUUAUUUUUAUAUUGUAUGUGGUGACCGAUUUGAGUUUCAAAUUGCCAAGCAUAAAACCAGCACCCGAUGUUGAUACAAAAUGGUCAUCAUUUGAAUCCAAGCUGCGUCACAUAGAGAAUGAAUUAAACCAGCACCAUGUAGUUGUCGGAGAAAUUAAAUCUGCCGUGGACCAGAUGGUGGAACAGUCUCAGGAGUACCAUCCUCCUCAGAAGAGGCCCAAAGAGAUUGUGUACCGGGAACCGCAGAAGGCUAAAGAAGUUAAGGCUGUUGGAGAUGAGCCACCGAAGAUGAGAGUUCCAUUCAACGAGUCUUCGUGCCCCAUACAGAAGUUAUCUGUACCCAAAACAGAUAUACAGAUGCUGUCAAUGUAUGAGAGAAUCUUAUUCGAUGAUCUAGACGGCGGAGUCUGGAAGCAGGGUUGGGAAAUAGAUUAUCAAGAGGACCAGUGGAGUCAGAAGAAUAAGCUUAAAGUUUUUAUUGUGCCACACUCGCAUAAUGAUCCAGGCUGGAUAAAGACUUUCGAGAACUACUACAAGACGCAAACGCGCGCGAUAUUCAACAACAUGGUGGAGAAGCUAUCGGAAGGCAUCGGGAGGAAGUUUAUAUGGGCCGAGAUCAGCUUCCUGUCGCUCUGGUGGAAUAGUGAUGCUACAGAGAAGGAUAAGGCUGCGUUCUUGAGCCUUCUAAAGUCAGGCAAAAUAGAAAUUGUGACAGGCGGUUGGGUGAUGAACGACGAGGCUAACUCCCACUGGCUUUCCAUCAUUCGUCAACUGACCACUGGUCAUCAAUGGCUUAUAGAUAACAUGGGCUAUAUACCUAAGAAUGCUUGGGCCAUCGAUCCGUUUGGUUACUCUAGUACCCAGCCGUAUUUGCUCAAGUUGGCUGGCUUUGAGAACUCGGUAAUACAGAGGGUGCAUUAUAGAGUGAAGAAGGAAUUAGCUUCUAAUAAGCAGUUGGAGUUUAAGUGGAGGCAGUUGUGGGACGGUGUCGGCAAAACGGACAUGUUUACACACAUGAUGCCUUUCUAUUCUUACGACGUACCUCAUUCCUGUGGACCUAAUCCUAAGGUGUGUUGUCAAUUUGAUUUCAAAAGACUGCCGGGUAACGGAGUCACUUGUCCGUGGGGUGUAGCGCCACGAAAGAUCACUGAGAAAAAUGUACAAGAAAGGGCCCAAACAAUUCUAGACCAAUGGCGUAAAAAGGCCCAGCUGUACAGAAGUAACGUGGUAAUGUUCCCGCUCGGGGACGACUUCCGGUACGACCGGUCCAACGAGUGGGACAAUCAGUACCAGAACUAUGAGAUACUCAUCGAUUUCAUUAAUAAUAAUGACGCUUGGAAUGCUGAGGUUCAAUUCGGCACUCUCCAAGACUACUUCAAGGCGGUUCACGCAGAAGUCAAAGCCAGCGACUUCCCCGUACUGUCGGGAGAUUUCUUCACUUACGCUGACAGGAACCAGCAUUACUGGAGCGGGUAUUACACGUCCCGGCCGUUCUAUAAGAACAUGGAUAGAGUGCUGUUGGCUUAUGUCAGGGCAGCAGAAAUAAUAACAGGUCAAGCUUGUUCGGCGGGCGUGGUGUCGAACAUAAUGUCCCUGCAACUUCGAGACCGCGUGGAGCAGGCGCGGCGGGCGCUGGCACUGUUCCAGCACCACGACGGCGUCACCGGCACAUCCCGGGACGACGUGCGGGAGGACUAUGCUAAGAAAUUACUAACAGCAAUAAAAUACAGCCAAUCGGCAAUCCAACAAGCCGCUUACUACCUUCUCAACCAGCCGUUAAUAGUGGACCAACCUCAAGAAGACAUUUACUUCGACGUGGACGACAUCUGGCGGUCUCAUGACGAGAUUCCGACCAGGAUCACUAUAGCUUUGGAUGCGGUAUCACCUUCGAGAAGGAUUGUGCUGUAUAACGCGCUGGCUUUUAAACGGCAUGAGAUUAUGACUUUGUUGGUGUCGUCGCCGCAUGUUGAGCUGUUCGACCCCGAAGGCAACCCAAUGAUGGCACAAAUAUCUCCAGUAGUGGCCGGCGACCGACGCCUUGCCUUCGCAGCCAAUAAGUACCAACUGUCCUUCCCAGCCGUCGUGGAACCUUUAGCUCUCACUGUCUACACUGUGGCACUUAGAGAUAGCACUAGGCUUAAUAAAUACACAUCCUACUCUCGCGUCCGAGUGUACAACGCAGACUACUGGACAGUGGACCUACCGAAGAUGUUCCCCAUAGAGCAGCCAUCAGCCCGUCUCAUGGAAGACAUUACCAUACAAGCCGGGAACAGUACGAGAGUGGUGGCCACUAUGAAUGGGCUGAUUAAGGCUAUUGUGUCACCAAAGGGCACCACUGUGCCUGUUCAUAUGGAUUUUGCGCAAUACGACAGCCAGCGCGGCAAGGACAACAACAGCGGCGCGUACCUAUUCAUCCCGUCCGGCCCCGCCACGGACUUCAAGCCCGACGCCUUCCCCGAGAUCGUGCUCACGGAGGGCAUAUACAAGGCGACCCUGUAUGCAGCGCUCAACUCGCCUAAAGCCGCCGAUAUUGUGUUAGCUAUCUCGGUCCACAACAAUCCCUCCCUCCCACAUAGUGAAGUAGAGAUCAGCAACACGUUACUGAUAGACCCGGCAGUGGAUGACCUGGAACUAGCACUGCGCCUGCGCACCGCCGUCAAGAAUGGAGACGUCUUCUAUACAGACCUUAAUGGCAUGCAGAUGAUAAAGCGUCGCUACUUCGAGAAGAUUCCACUACAAGCGAACUUCUACCCGCUGCCGGCUGCUACGUAUAUAGAAGACGACAAGUUUAGAUUCACGGUGCUAACGUCGACGCCGCUAGGAAUGGCUGCGUUACAAUCCGGACAGAUUGAGAUUAUGCAAGACAGACGACUGAGUCGAGAUGACAACAGAGGUAUGGCGCAGGGUGUCCUCGACAACAUCAGGACCAGACACACUUUCAAGCUUAUUAUUGAGAACGCUAAGAAAACUUGUGAGAAGCGAACCCCAUCAGAACACCCGUCAGGACAGCUGACACUAGGAGCUCACGUAUCCCAGCAGUACCUGCUGCAGCCGCUGAUCGCCAUGCACUACAGCAGCAAGCAGGACGGCCGCGUGGGGUAUUCCCGCGCCACCGCCAACCACGCCGACCUCGUGCUUGCGGCCUUCCACUCGCAUGUCACUGCUAAGAAUAAAGACGGCGUGAUGCACGGCAUGGGCAUGACGCUGCAGCGAGUGUACCUCGAGCACUGCUACGGCAGCCCUGAGAUCUCCAAGUGGUACCAAUCGGGAGAUGAACAGCUGCCAAUAUCGGAUUUAGUAGAUGUAUCUGCAGAAAACGUAUACGAUAGUUCUCUAACAUUCGUGAACGUGCGGAACCCGUUACCGAGCGGCGUCGUCACGCUCUGCCCCAUGGAAGUGAGAUCCGUAUUCAUAAACCAGACUCUUAAUAAGAAAUACUAGUUAUCUACAAUAGAUGUGAGAAGGAAGAAACUCGAAUUUCGUCGAUUGAACGCACUUGAUAACUUAAUGUAAGUGUUUAAUAGGUACUCAAAUAUUAGGUAACUGAAAUUCAAUAUCUUGAGAUAAAAACAUACAUAGGAUUCUUUCUUGUUACUACAUAUAUCACCUAUGAUUUUGUAACUACUCAAAUGAAUCAUUAUUUACUCAAAUAAACUUAAGAAUAAAAAGACAAGAAGCAGUAUCGAAAUGCAAUCAAUAAUUGUCUUAAGUUUUUCAAUAAUUAUUGUCGUAUGUAUUAAAGUUAAUGAAAGCGUAACAUAUUACUCUUAGGAGAUUGGAAAUACAACAUUUCGACUGAAUGUUUAACUAUUCAUAAUUAAAUGUAGACGUAAUUGUAACUUUUAAAUAAACUGUGUAUAAUGUUGUCAUGUAAUGACGACCUAUGUAAUAUUUGGUUGAAAUCAACCUAAUGGUUAUUUGGCACAAAAAUGCUCAUAUGUAUAAUCUCAGUUCUCGUCUAUUUUAAACGAAUUAUAACAAUUUCCCCCAAUGAUGAAAAUGGCAUUCGCUAAGGAAUCGUUGCGAGUUUAACUGGAUUGUCCGUGAAUGAUAAAUGAUGAUGUAAUUUUUAUUAUGCGGUUCGUCUAAAAUUGCCCCAAAUUACAAUAUGAAUUGUAAAUUAUAUAAAGACGAAUGUUAAGGUACGUUUUGAAUGUGAGUUGUCCACUGCAACUGUCGACCGCACUUGCAGCGACUGCAUGAAAGCGGUCGAUGUCUGAGGGUGACUUCACGUGCUGCUGCCGCUCCGAUCCAAAACGGUUUCAUGUGAAUAAAUACGAACCAGUAGUGGAGAUGCGGCCGAUUUAAUGCAGUCGAGGUAUGUGCUAGUCGGCAGCUGCAGUCGGCAGCUGGCAUUAAAAACGUACCUUUUUGUAUAAUACUAGGGACAAUAUUUUAUUUUAUAUUGCGUACGGUUGUGUGGAUCUAAAUGUUUACCACUAACUAAGAAAUAUUUAUUUAGUUUAUAAGCUGACAUUGUUUUUAUUGCAAAUAUUUUUGUGUAAUAUAUAUUUAUCGGAUGUCACAAAAUGAUAUUAAAGAAGAAAAAAAAAACGUUAUUUUUAGGUUUAUGUAGUUUUAAAACCUCCACUAUUUUUGAUUUUCGGAUCAAGAACUUAGGGUAAUGAUGUCCCAUUUUUUGGAUGUGUGUAGGGCCACUCACAAGAACUUUACAAUUAAAUAAAAUGCGUGCAAUUGAUAGUGGCUAGGAAAUUGUUUAUCAGCUGUGAAUUUGUGAAUGUAUUUUCGGAUAUCCUAAGUUAAUUAUGUAUGUAGCUACUAAUUUCCUCUAAUUAAGAAAUCACUGUUUAUUACCAUCGUAUACACAAUACUGCCAAGUUGAGUUACAACUAUGUACUAAGUGGUCGCUAUUAGCCAGUUGUCUAAUGUUAAGAUUUGUAUAUAAGCGCACGUGAAUACUUAAUAGUUCACUAUUAUGUAACGUAUAUAUUCAUCACUAGCUUCUGCCAGCGGUUUCACCCGCAUCCCGUGGGAACUACUUCCCGUACCAGGAUAAAAAGUAGCCUAUAGCCUUCCUCGAUAAAUGGGCUAUCUAACACUGAAAGAAAUUUUCAAAUCAGACCAGUAGUUCCUGAGAUUAGCGCGUUCAAACAAACAAACAAACAAUCAAACAAACUCUUCAGCUUUAUAAUAUUAGUAUAGAUGUAUUUAUUUGUUAUACAUGUCAUUUAAUAUGGUGUAAUUAGGGAUGUACCUACGCAAAAUUGUUCCGUCGACGUUAUUUAGCGAAAAACUAAUAUAUAAUUGUUUAUUUUUUUCUUUUUAAAGCACAAAUGAUUGCAGUUAUAAUUUAAUUCAUAUUAUAAGCGUAUUCCUAGGCCGAAUUUUGACUUAUUAAAAAAGGUCACGUCAGGAAGCUGCUACAUACAUUUGUUGCAAUUUGAUAUUCCGUCUAAUGUAACUCAAUACAAAUUAAUGAAAUUAUUGUAGAUCUCAAUAACCCAAUAAUGGCUCGAAUACUUAAACAUCAUUUUAUGCGGUGCUAAAAUCACAAUUAGCGUAACAACAAUGGAGUAAAAAAAAAACUCCCUUUUUUUAAAGAAAAUGGCGUUUACGUGUUCGGCCACUAAGAUAUGUAAGAAAAUCACGAUUUUAAUUAAUUUUAAAAAUACGUACUCCAUGUACUUUUAUCUUUGAACGUUUUAUCUAUGUAAAAUAUUAGUGAGAUUUGUAUUAUACUGAUUAUCAUGCAUUUAAAUGUAAUUUGAAAAUAUCGUUGUAAAUAUAGGAGACUGUGUUGAAAUGGAUUAA